UUGUGCUCCGCUGGUGCCGCCUCCGCUGGACACGGCGGGGAGGACCCGCUCCCGCUACAUUCCCGACCGGGGCCGCCCUGCUCUUACUCCUGCACCGCCCGGGGCGCGCUGCCUUGCUCUUGCACCGCUUGGGGGGGGGCUGCCCUGCACAGCACCGUGGGCGGCCCUGCCCUUAUCCCCGGAGAGGGCUGAUUUGAGCCGAGCCCCGCUGCUCCUAUCCUGGGGAUCCUGGCCCGAGGGUGGCUCGGCACCAUCCCGAGGGGCUGCGCUGCUCGGGGAGUGAGCACCCAUUCCCGAGCGGGACUGCCUUGCGCCUAAGCCCGCUGCGCCCAUCCCGGAGAGCUGCCCUGCGCCGGGUGGGUGGCUAGCACCUAUCCCAGAGGGAGCGGGCUGCCGUGCGCCCAUCCCUGGGGGCAGCACCUACCACGGGAGUGCGGGGACUGCAGCGCGCCCAGCCCCGCUAUCCCCGCCGCGGGGCGGCCCCGGGCUGCCGCUUCUCCCGUCGCCGGUGACCGGCUCCUGGCUCCCACCUCGUUUCAUGUUUGUGGAUAGGGAGGAAAAAUCCCAAACCAGAGGUGAGCUAUGAGAGGACAGUGAUUUCUGUAGCCUGGAGUUGGGAUCUGGCAAGGCAGCUGAAGUUCCUGAAGCAAGAGGUGGAUGGCUGAAGGUGGCUCUUCGGGGAGGAACUGAACAGUCCCAAACAGGCAUGGGGAGGGAAGGACAGGAUCAGCAGUUUGAGUGCAAGCCUUGUUCUUGCUGCGUAAAUGAGUAUGGAAGAUUAUGAUUUCCUCUUCAAAAUUGUUUUAAUUGGCAACGCUGGUGUGGGGAAGACCUGCCUAGUCCGUCGCUUCACUCAGGGGCUUUUCCCACCAGGGCAAGGAGCCACGAUUGGGGUUGACUUUAUGAUUAAAACUGUGGAGAUAAACGGUGAAAAAGUAAAGCUGCAGAUCUGGGACACAGCAGGACAGGAGCGAUUCCGAUCCAUCACACAGAGUUACUAUCGCAGCGCUAACGCGUUGAUCUUGACCUACGACAUCACCUGUGAGGAAUCCUUCCGGUGCCUCCCCGAGUGGCUGCGGGAAAUUGAGCAGUAUGCCAGCAAUAAGGUCAUAACUGUGCUAGUGGGUAAUAAGAUUGAUUUAGCUGAUAAGAGGGAAGUCUCCCAGCAAAGAGCUGCAGAGUUUUCCGAAGCACAGGACAUGUACUAUCUGGAAACGUCAGCAAAAGAAUCAGAUAAUGUGGAAAAACUCUUCCUGGACUUGGCCUGCCGGUUGAUCAGCGAGGCACGACAGAACACCCUUGUGAACAAUGUCUCAUCCCCCCUACCGGGAGAGGGGAAAAGUAUCAGCUACUUGACUUGCUGUAAUUUUAAUUAAAGAGCUGACAUGUGGGCCAUGGGCCAAGAGGAUUUUUUUUUUUUUUUUGGUGGGAUUUAUCUGCUUGAAAGAAUUCUUGCCAAUCUGACCCAUGUGACUUACUCUGAGUCAGGUUGCAGUCCUGGAAACAUGGCAGGCUGAUGGCUCCAACUACAUGGCAAGGUAGCAGGGUUUAAAUUUCAUUUUUCUCAAAGUCUGUGGAGCAGGUCAGGAAAGGAGGAGUUGCACAAGUCCUUCAUGUAAUGCAGAACAUGAGCUGUUUUGUUUCCUUCUGUGGGAGAGUAGACCAGCCUCUCUUGAAGAUAUUGAAGAGAUCAAAAUCUGUCUUACAGAACAAUGUGUUUGAUCGUUUUUAAAGUUAAAAAAAAAAUAAGAAAAACCCCAACAAUGAAUGCUGACUUUGGACUACACUGGCAAUCUUCCAGGCUGUCAGUGAGUGAGCUCUUAGGACAUGUACAUAACGUCUGCCCAUCUGUCUUCAUGGAGGACUCUGGUGUUUGAGAUAGUGUUAUGUGUCUUAUCUACGGGCACUUUCAUGAACGUGGGGAAAAAAAAAAGUUACGUAUAUCAACGUUUUCAAGACUGAAGAAGACAUGGAUACAGCUCAGUUGCUCCCUUUGGUGCUAGCAGUUCAGCAGAUAUUCCAUAGACCAAACAUAGUCUUACUACAUUACUGUUCUUUGAAUGUGUAACUUAGACUGGUUAAGAAAAAAACACUAAUAAGCACUGUUCAUAAAAAUAAAAAAAUCUCAUUACCUCUUUUUCUAGGCCUGAACAUAGUGGGAAAGGACUGUGCUUUUCUUUGAUAUCCAGUGUAGGAUGACAAGAGUUUCCAGAAAUAAAAAUAAAUAAAUAAACAAACCAUUAGUCAUAUCCUACUGUAAAAAAUUAACCUUAGGAAAGAUUGUUGGUGAACUUGGAAAAAGUGCACCAGACAUGACCAAAGUCUUGUGCACACUUGGAUCGUGUAUAAGGGUUCAAAGAAAGCACAGUUUGAAGUGAUGGUCUGCAAUAUGUCCAGCUUAAAAAUAAAGCUUGUAGAUACAGUUGUUGUUGAAAGGCAAGAGUACAAUUUUGUAGAGGUUUUUUUUGUUUGUUUAUUUUUAAUGCUAAGUGGAAAUAGCAAUGGGUUGCAAGUGGUAUCAUUCCAUGUCUAACUCAUCCAGCUCUCACCUUGUGGAACUGCUCUCAAAGAUGCUCUUGAAGGUAUCUUCUUGGCAUCCAGUCUCUCUACUGGAAUAGCUUUCAGGUUCAGGGAUGUAGAGUCAUUUUAUUUCCUUGAUGCUUUGUGCUCUUAAUCCCAAACUCCAGUGUACAUGUAACUGUUUAGGCAAUUUCUUCUUACAAAAUACCUGAAGUCAAAGCACUACGGAGUUUGUGGUGUUAUUCCACCCCUACUGCCAUACAAUGCAUCACAAAUUUACGAGUUGCAUUAAAGUGCAAAAUCAAAAGAUGGUGAAUGUGCACAUAAUUAUAUUUAGAAGUUUGACUUCAGUUUAGCUAAUUGGGGUAAAUCUCUUCUGGCAAUUACAUGGCUGUCAUAUGCUGCAGUUUAGAGUUACUGAAUUUAAUAUUAUUUGGCUUUUACUUAAGAUUAUAACAGGGCUUCUGUAUUGACAUAAAAAGCUGCCAGUAAGUACUUCUUGAAAAAAACAACAACAAAAGGCAUUUUAAAAUGUGCUUUUUUUGUUUCCUGGAAAGGCUUCUUUGGGCUUUAUCAUGUUGUGCCUUUGAUACAUAAUGGGGAGCUGACUCUGUGUUGGGGGGGAAUUAAUGUGUCAUAUGGCCAUUUUUAAUAUUUUCUUGCUAUUUUUAGGCCACUUUUAUGACUAGUGGUAAAAAGGAAGAUGUAGAAGUUGUGAUAUGAAGCUUGUUUGUCAUUUAGGUAACACUUAGCCAAGAGCUUCUGUAAGUGUGAGGAGAUGGGGAACACAUCAUCUGCUGCUCUGGCCUGGUCCUUUUCAGUCUCUGCUCAUGUUGUAAUCUGGAACGUUUAGAAAUGUGUGGGAUUUGGUGGCUUCCACUGUGUUGGACCCUGUGGUACAGCCUGUGCUGAAAGAUAAUGUCUUCUUGAGCAUUCCCCAAAUUGCCAAAUGCAACCUCGUUUGAGCUUGUGAAGAGCACCCAACUCAGAGACAGCUGCUUCUGCACAGCUGUUAGGUAGUUCCUUAUAGCAAGGCUGAAGGUUCUAUGUCAGGUAACACUCAAGUUAAAAAUCAAUACUAUGUGCAUUUAAUUUGUAGUUGUUCUUGCUCCCCUGAUGCUGGACCUAUCAGCAUGUAAUUGAUAACAAAUGGGACAGGGCUCUUUGAUCAAGUUAAUAAAGGAGGAAGGAGACUGCCCACUAAAACACCCAUGGAUUUCUCAGCCUGGUUUCCAAAAGGAUCAAAGCUGGGCAGGUACUCUUCAUCCCUACUGAGUACCAUUAUAAAUUCAUUUUAAAGUGCUCCUUGCAUCACUUCUGGAGGUGGAAUUCUAAUGCAUUAACGUGACUGAACAAGCUGAACUGUUCAAAUAGCAGAAACUGCUAACUUUAUUUUCUUGGAUAUUUAUUUUGAGGUUUCUAGAAGCCUAAAUCUCUUUUUCUAGUGCUUUCCUAAUCUGUAGGUGACUAUUUGGAGGCUAGCCUACUACUAACCUCAAAGCAUUGUUUCUUUUUCUUGCUAGCAAAUCUUCAUGUAAGGACUCGAUCUUCAAACAGUGAUGUUUUUUGGGGCGGGGUGGAGUGCUGCAGUUGGCCUAAUGUUCUCCAGUCAAAUUUGAACUAAUUCCUUUCAAUGUUUAUUCUGUCUGUACUUAAAAACUUGAAAGGAAACAGUGGUGGUAUGUGCAACAUUUUACAAGGUCAUAAGCCAAAACUGUAGUUUGAGACUCACCUCUUUUUCUGACUUUUGCAAACACGCCUCUUGUUGAAGAAGUGGUAUUUUAUUGUAGUAACUCCUUUGCUGGAGUUACUUUUGUACACCUUUGAGUAUCUCUGGAGUGCAUACAACCCGCCUUUCCUUGUAGCACUGAGGGCUUGUCUUCUCUUCUACAGUCUGAUCCACUGCUGAAGGCUUCCCAACUGGAAGAGGAGCUUUAUUGGCUGCUAAUGACAACUUACUGUUGUGGCAUAGUGAUUAAACUCUUGAAAAAUAAAAGAACAUAAAAUAAAUACAAAUCCCAAUUAUGUGAUAAUCAGCUCAACAACUAAACAACUUGCUGGAUUUUUGAGAGAACUGUCAGUAAAAGCCUUGUGAUGCUUGCUGGAUCAAGCAUCCAAAAGUCAUGCAGAAUUGAUAUAAUGGGUCCAAAUUUGUCUGGGCAUGUUCUCUACUAUCAAGAGAGCCAAGCAUUACUUUUAUUGUCAUUGCUGGAUUUUAAUGUAUUUUCAGAGCAAUAUAUUCACAGCCAUGAAGUAAUCGUAUUUCUGGGUGAAUGUUAAUUUUUAUAGUAGUCUUAUGACAAGACCCUUUCUUGACAUUUUUUAGCACAAUGAUUAUCUCCAAGCAGAAGCUAAUAUUGGAUGGUCAACAGGUAUUUGCUUAGUCUAGCAAGCCUGUUUGCAGAGAUUAGUAGAAACAUCUCUGAAAACUGGAUGGUCUAAACUCUGAUUUCCAGUGCAGCCACUGAUUCAGUCAAGCUAAUCUCAAGUAAACCAGCGAACAUCUGUGCUUCAGAUCACUAAGUGUGAAGUGCUUGCUGGUAUUUUGCAUUGGAUAUUUACAGCUAAAGUUUGCUAAGACAAGCCAUGACUCCCUUCUAUUCCUAUUUGUGUUUCCUAUAAAAGUGCUAGGGGAAAAAAAAAAGCCCUUCAGGUCAAAGAGAUAAGAUGGAAAAAGUGAAAUUAUGAACUGUGUAAAGAAGGGGAACGCUGGGUGCCUCCUCCUACCUCAAACCCUGAAGUCUUGAUUUGACCUAGAGAUAAGCUGUUUGAGCGUGCAGUUCAGAUAUGUGUUUGUGCCGAAUGCUAGAUGGCUUUGUGAUCGUUAUUUAAUGAAAACCACACGUGACAAAUUGUCGGGCGAGAUACUUUGUUCUUUGCUGUGGAACACAUGAAACAGCCCUUAAAAUCUGUCAGCCUGCUGGUGCUGUUUGUCUUUUUUUGAAAUGGCUGAAUUGGUAACAGUUGGCUCCUUCUAGUCUAGGUUCAGCAGUUAAUGGCUAUUGAAUUCCUUCAGCAUCAGUAAUAACAGCAGCAGACUGAGGCUGACACAGGAGACAGUGAUUUGAAAAGAAAGAAAGUCGAAAUUAGUGAUGCAGAAGCACAGUAGGUGCACACAUGUGGGACAACAGGCUUUCCUGAGCUUUUGCUGACAAGGGAUGCAAUUAGUUAUAGUCAAACCCACUGGGUUUUGCCUUGUUCAUUAUCCCUAAGGACUGCUGUUUGUCCAGCUGCUUUUCCACUUGUCUUCUCUUUUCAGUAUGAAGAACUGUCUAUAAAUCAGGCUGAAAUGUCGAGCUGGCAUGAUUCCUGCAGUCAGCAACUGAAUUCAAUUGGAAAAUAGGUGAAAUUCUCCAGGUGUUAAAAUAGGCUGAGCAAACAUGCAGGAUAGGCUGCCCUUUGGGGACCUGUGGUGCUAUUGGGGUUGGAUAUGGCUGGAAACACUGUUACAGAAACCCUCUCCUGCCUGUGGGGCAGAACAAGUGCUACAGCCCAUUGUGCAAGGGGAAGAUGACUCUGCGGAGCAACAAAUGCAAAGAGAUGAUUCUGCUUGCUCAGGAUUUUCUCCAUCCCCUCCACUUUUAAAACUGCAUCUGUGGAUUAGGUUUUGAUUGGACUUUCAUUAGGGAUGCUCUGAAAUUGAGUAUAGUCUGAAAUUCUGCAUUCUUUUACUUUUAAUGUUAAAGCACCCAAUAUCCUUAUGUGGGUGGCUCCUACCAACAAAGUCCUUUUUGAGUUAAUUCAGUUAGAAAAAGGUGUUUCUAGAGGAAGCUUUGUGAAUUCCCAGUGAGCAAGUAUGGAAACUCUCUGUCCUUAAAUGUCUCUGUACGUAAGGGCUCACCAGAAAACCCUGAGGAGACAAAGGAAAUACUCUAAUCAAUUCUGGUAGUGAAACCCGCAUGAAACAUGUUAUAUCAAAAUGUUUUCCUCUGUUUAUAAACUUUAUUUUUUAUCUGAACAAAUUUGGAUUUUGAAAUCACCCUUUUUCCUUGCAUCAAGUCUGUUCUCUUUUUGCUGUGGCUAAUAAUUGUUGUAGUUACUGUUCACAAGCAGCAAAGGAUCACUAUGAUGAGUGGUGGGGAAACACUGGCUUGAUUUCUUACAAGAAAGUAGUGCAUCCUAAGCAAAGCAGCCUAAACUAUAGCUGGUCAUGUCUUUGAAAUGCAAUCAUCCACUUGAGUUGUAGUUAAAUGUACCAUAAAUGUUACUGAUCUCACAUCUGCCUCAGUUUAGGAUUUAUCUUGGCUAGGAAAGACAACAGGGUAAUCAUGCUGACCGUGAUGCAAGGCUCCCAAAGCUCGCUGCCUUGCUCUGACUUACCUCGCUAAUCACCACCUCUCUCUACUGACCCAAAGUCGCCUUUGCUGUACUGUACUGUACCCAGCUGGGGUAGAUCACUGGCUGUCAUCACUCAUGGAUGCCAUUACACCCUUUCCCCUCAUGUGAACGAGCUGUAACUUAAACCAGAAGUAAAAACUAUGCUGUGUGAGUUGAGGAUCUUUGUUUCUUUCCAAGUGGGAGACACACACCCAGAAAGAAAGCCUAAUCUCUAAAGCUUGCUCCUCCAAAUAGGGUCAAAAGGUAACUGGGGAAAGAUAACCCAGAUACAGCAGAAAUGAGAUGGCAAUGAGUAAUUUAGGCUGUAAAGGUUGUCAGUGAAACAUUAGACUGGUUUUAAGAGCAUAGUCAGGGUUAACAGCUCAGUUUCUCUGUCUGGAUAAACAGGAGCUGGCUUUACAAUACUCAGAGAUUGUUCACAUUAAUAACUUGCAAUUAGCACUUUGUGGAUGUGACCACAUUUGUUGAACCAGUUAUCCUUCUCCAGUAACCUCGGAAGGUAAUUUUAGCUCUGGUUAGUGCUAUAAUUAAACUCAAGAAGCAGAUGCCACCUUUACAUUUGCACCUUUGCUUUUUCCUCUACUGCUUAUCUUGGGAUAACAUGCCAAGGACAUGCACUUGUGAGUACAUUGUGGUGGUGUCCCUGCUGAGCACCUUCUGAAGUCCAGUUCCCUGGUCCACAGGGAAAAAAUGACAUGGCCAAAACCUGUGUCGGUCAUGGUUUUAGCUGUGCGUGGUUCCCUGGAGCCUAGGAGAUGUUAAAAGUACUCUUAUGCUUUCACAGGCAGCAAUCAAGGGCUCUGGUGUGUCUGGUGUCACAAGAAUGCAAAUCUUGGCACUUUUCAAAGCUUUAUUCCUCUUGCACCUCUCAUCAGUGACUGUUCUUUCACAAUACUGCUCAUGCCUCAAGCACUGUGAAGGGAUAUCUCAGACUGGGUUGCAUGGCGUCCUGGUUGCAUGAACCACUGGCUCUCACUCCUUCUUUGGUUAGAGGGAAGAGCAUCAGUGGCUCAUCUUCUGUGCCACCUCAAGCUCCUUGCUAUGGACAUAAAGUUAAUAAUUCAGUAAGCCCAUUCCAGCUAGGGCACCCCAUAAGGAAUGUGUCCUUUCUUAUGGGACCAAUACAAGAGAUUCAGAUGUUAAGAAUGAGGGGCAGGGAUUGGUACAAGGGAGCAAGUGGAUGCUGCUCUCCAGCCAGUGAGACUUAGAGCUAUGUGGAGGAGAGUCAUUCUGAGCUGUCAUGGGAGCAGUGGUGUGAAAAUCUCCGAGGGGCUGGGUUGCAUCACUGGCAUGAGCUUUAGUAAAUGUAGUGGCCACAGUGUCCCCCAGCAGCCAAGUCUUUACAGAGGGGCAGGCGGAGGAGAGGGAAUACUGUUUUUACAUUUUAAUGGAGUGAGAAUAAAAUACUUGGUCUGUGCUAGGGACAGCUGCCAUGAUUUCAGGCAUUGCAAUUGCCUCAACUCCUGCAGACUGUUUGGAAGAAAGGGUUACCACUCACCCCCACAUACAGCCAGCACUGAAGGGGAAAAACUAACUUCUGAAGCCAACAUUUUAGUGGAGAAAAGGCCAUGUAAUGAGAGUAUGGAGCAAGCCCAGUGCUUGUUGCUAUGCUGAUUUGGAGUGACAAGUAUAUCUCUGGAUAUUAGGGAAGUAGUUUAAAAUAUGCCAUGGUUUUUAGCAUAAUAAGAUGCACUGCAGAUAUGCCACAUCCAUUUUAUUCUCCACAGCUGUUUACAAAAGGAAAAAAAAAACAAACAAAACCCAUGAGAUUGGAGCAGCUGCAGUCACUCAGCUGUCAAUAUGGGACAUGGCUCUUUCUGCUUUUUUAUUUCCACUUCACUCUGUUCUGCUGCACAUAUUUGGCCGUUCUGUGAAUUUGCAGAUCAUGAGUUUUUUUCCAAACUGCCUUUGAUCUAUACAAGAAGACUCACCCAGCUCUCAUUUGAAUUCAUUAAUACUUUGAGUAGGCAUUUUAAUUUUAUGUUUACUGGCUUGUUUCCCUUUGUAAUGUUAUCUAACUGACAAGUUUGUCAUCCUCUGCAUUACCUUUAGGUUUUUGAAUCUAAAACAUUUCCUCUUUCCUGAAAGCUAUGAUAAUUUUUAGAGAUGCUACAAAGGCAUCUUCAUUUCCUCAGGAGAAAAUCUGAAUUACCCUCAGCUUUGAUUACUAUCAAAUCAACAUUGAAGCACGUAAUUUUUUUUACAGCAUGAACAAAGUAUGUUUUAUACCAUCAACUGUAGUUUGAAUUGUACUUUAAAAAUCUGCUUAAGAACUAACAACAGCAUUUUGUUUGCGAUUCCCAUGCCAGGGAAGUCACAGCAUUAAAGGAAUUUCUGGGUUGGAGUUUUUCCCACAAAGCUCUGCUGUCUUUUCCCCAACAAUUGUGAAUUUAGCACAAUAUACAGAAGUUCAGCAAGAACCCUGAUUCUUAAACAUGUAGCCAGAAGGAUGACGAGGGAAUGUGUUUCUUGUUGAUCAAGCACAACCAUUUCAGUGGAAAAAAUGCACUACAGCUGGUCAGACCAUUGAUCUCGCUGUUGGGGUAGUGCUGUCUUUGGGGAGGGUAUAGGUGUUAGCAAAUCACCAAACUGUGAAUCAUUGACUGUCAGAAGCAUUUGGCUUGUCUCUUUAAGUUCUUGUGGUCAAGUGUGGUACAGUGGGCUUGAGAAAGGAAUGUAUUUUGGAUGACCAGGAUGAUGAAUGUAUGAUGCUUCAUGUUUAUUUGUAAUGUCCUUUUUUAUACUUAGAAAUUGCUUACAUGUGUAUCUGUAUGUAAAUAAAUGUUUAAUCCUUUCCACUUGGU